AUGACCAAAAUUCUCAUGCAUGCAUACACAUAUACAUAUGUAUUCCAGAAGGCCUAUGAUACGGUUGAUUGGAACUUCCUUAAGAAUAUUUUGCUGGGAUUUGGGUUUAGCGGUAAGAUGGUUGAUUGGAUCAUGGUUUGUGUCUCCACUGCUUCGUACUCCAUUUGUGUCAACGGUAAUGUGCACGGGUUUUUUCAAGGUAAUCGGGGUCUUCGCCAGGGAGAUCCGUUGUCCCCGUAUUUGUUCACUCUUGUGAUGGAGGUUCUCACGGGCAUUCUGCAUCACAUGGUCAGGAUUGAUUCGUCUUUUAAAUUUCAUAACAAAUGUGAGAAGCAGCAAAUUAUCAAUCUAUGUUUUGCAGACGAUUUGUUUCUUUUUGCUAGAGGGGAAAUUGCGUCAGCUAGAGGUAUUAUGAAUUCUCUCUCUAAAUUUUCUAAAAUGUCGGGGUUGGUGCCUAAUAUACAGAAAAGUACGGUGUUCUUCUGUAAUGUCCCGAGUUAUAUUACAAAUGCUAUUCUGAACAUUAUGCCGUUCAAGGAGGGAUCCUUGCCUGUGCGCUAUCUUGGUGUGCCUCUAAUUUCGUCAGGGCUUCUUUAUAAAGACUGUAGUGUUAUGAUGGAAAAGCUUGACAAACGUAUCAUGCAUUGGAGAAAUAAAUUACUCUCGUUUGCUGGCAGAUUGCAACUCAUUGUUUCCGUCUUGUCCUCUAUGCAUAUUUACUGGUCCUCUGUCUUCUUAUUGCCUUCACGGGUCACUCAUGAAUUGGAGGCGAAGAUGCGGAAUUUUCUUUGGGCCCAAGACUCUACGUUUCAAAAAGGUAAAGCGAAGGUUUCUUGGAAAGUAGUUUGUCUCCCUAAAUAUGAAGGCGGAUUGGGGAUUCGGCGAUUAGGAGAUGUUAAUAAAGCCCUCAUGACUAACCAUAUUUGGAGUAUUGUUACGAAAAGAAAAUCAUUGUGGGUGGAGUGGGUGCACAGUUACAGGUUAAAAGGUAAUAGUUUCUGGUUAUCUAAAAUUAUUUCCAAUAGUUGCUACUCGUGGAGAAAACUCCUUCAACUUAGACCGCAAAUGAGAGAUUUUUUCUGGUCGGAUGUUGGUGAUGGUACACGGACCUCGGCUUGGUUCGAUUAUUGGUGCGAUAUAGGGCCGCUCGGUAACUUUAUCUCCCAUAGAACCAUUACUAAUGCAGGAUUUCGAUUGGAGGACUCGGUGUCUGACAUUCAGUUAAAUGGAGAAUGGAAAUGGCCGGUUGCUUGGAGGGAUUUAUUCCCAGUCUUAAUUCAGCUAGAUCAAUUCCAAGUAACCCCGAACAAAAUUGACAGAAUCAUGUGGCGUGAUGGUAGUGAUCGGAAAGAUUUUUCGACUUCAUGUGUAUGGAAUACGAUUCGGUAUAAAGAAACGGAAGUAGCAUGGAGCACUAUUGUUUGGUUUACCCAAUGUAUCCCGCGGCACGUGUUUCUCAUGUGGCUGAUCAUGCGAGGUAAAUUACUUACGCAGGAUAAAAUUCUAAGCUGGGAUUUGUCUAGACGGAAAAAUAUGAACAUGAUGUGUUGCUUAUUGUGCUAUGCAAAUCAUGACUCCCAUAGUCAUUUGUUUUUUGAAUGUAACUACUCGGCUAAAGUUUGGGAUAUGGUGAAACGUAAGGUGGGUAUGGACUCGGUUCAACCUAAAUGGGCUGAUAUUGUGAAUUGGUUACUUGUUCGGUCCAAGUCUAAACUAGCCGCGGAUUAUGUUGCUAGAGUGGUGGUUGCGGCUACGGCUUAUGUUGUUUGGCAGGAACGCAAUGCUCGGAUCUUUAAAAAUCAACUAAGACCGCCAGAAACUGUUGGUGCUCACAUAAUACAGCUGGUUCGAUACAAGUUAAUGGGAGCAAGACUGAAGAAUACUGGUAAUGUUCGAAGACUAUUGAGCGAAUGGGAAGUCCAUGGCAAAGAGAUUUUGGACGAUGGGGGCUGA